CUGACACCAUGUACUGGAGGGAGAAGUGUCUCUUGUGUGCCUGGGUGCUGCUCCUGGGCUUCCUUGCUGGAGGGAGAGCAAAGCUCCAAUAUGUCCUGAGCACACCAGCCUCCUUGAACGGUGGCCAGACCGGAAGGGUCUGUGUGAACUUUGUGGGCAAUGAAGAGAAAUUGGAUUUAAGUUUGAAACUGCAAUAUGAUGGACAGAACACAACCAUAAUUGAAGAAAAUGUCUCUUCUCCUACAUACUUCCAGUGUGUUGACUACAAGAUACCAGAUGUACCCGACGCUGUACCAGUAACUCUACUGCUUUCUGCAGCAGGGCAGGAGACCAAAAUCCUGGAGCGUAGGACCGUAGUCGUUAAACCCUCCAAAACCAACUGCAUCUUCCAGAUGGACAAACCCAUUUACCAGCCGGGCAACAGCGUAUUUUGUCGGAUUGUCUGCCUCGACUCUCGGCUUAUGCCUGUGAAUGAAAAGUUCCCCAUGAUUUACCUGCAGGAUCCUUCAAGGACCAGGAUCAAGCAAUGGUCUCAGCAAGAAACGCAGCGUGGGGUGUUGUCAUUGGAGUUCAAGUUGAUCAAAGAUGCUCCUCCUGGUUCCUACAGCUUUAUUGCUGAGCGAAAAUCCAGUUAUUCCUUGUCACAAUAUAUUACAGUGGAAGAAUAUGUGAAACCCAGGUUCGAUGUUAAAGUUGAGGCCCCAGAUACAGUCUCUAUAUUGCAAAAGAGUUUGGACUUAAAAGUCUCUGCAUCGUACACCUAUGGUGAACCAGUGCCCGGCACAGUCGCUGUGCUUUAUUGUAAACAGCCUGGUUUUUAUGGCAGACGCCAGAACUGCUUCAAAGAGACAGGACCCCUCUGCUCCAACCUCACAGGACAGCUUGGUUCUGAUGGUACUUACAAGGGUUCCAUUGAUUUGUCUGGACAAUUUGUGGGACUGACCGGCAUGUCCAUGCAAAUGGACAUUGUAGUGACUGAAGCUGAAACUGGAAUCCAAACCAAAAAUUCCCAUUAUGUAUGGAUCACAACCCAACCAGCUAGGCUCAACUUUGACUAUGACUCCAUGAACCAGUACUACAAACGGGGUAUUAAUUAUCAUCUUGUGGCAAAGCUAAGCGAUGAGCAAAACAACCCAAUUGUUAAUGGAGAUGUUGAUAUUGAGGUCGAUCAGAAUCCUAUUCAGACCGUGAAGACUGACUCUGAGGGAAAAAUACAGUAUGGGAUCGACACAACUGAUAUGGUGGCAGAAAACUUUACUGUCCGGCUCAGUUAUAAGAACUCCGACCAAUGUUAUUAUGCUGACUGGAGGGACACAGACUAUCCAUCAACUGAAUACACCGCUUACCGUUUUUACUCUCAAUCGGGUAGUUUCCUGCAGGUGGCGCGCCCCAAAGAAGAGUUAAGCUGUGGAAAGAGCCACAAUAUUGAGGUGCAGUAUAUCCUGAGCCAGGAUGGUGUCGGAAAAGGAGCAACUUCAGUCACACUCUAUUAUCAAGUUCUGGCAAAAUCCAACAUUGUUCACAAUGGACAGCAAGAUGUUGAUUUCGCCAACUCAAAGAAUGGCUCUGUGACCAUCGCCCUACCUAUAUCCCCGGACAUGGCGCCCAGUGCCAACCUGGUCGUAUACUGCAUCCUGAAGGGAGAGCUUGUUGUGGAGACAACCAAUCUGAAAAUAGAGAAUUGCUUCAAAAACAAAGUUGACAUGGCUUUCGCAGCCGAAAAGGGAAUGCCGGGAUCCACUGUUGAAGUUAUACUCUCAGCUGAUCCAGAAUCCAUUUGUGGGCUCAGAGUGAUUGACUCCAGCCUCUUGUUACUUAACAGUUAUGAGCGGUUUUCACCUGAAAAUGUCCAUGGCUUAUUUUCCUACGGAUACUAUGGGGGCUACAAUAUUGCUGGUUUUAACGUGGAGGAUCCAGAGCCCCAGUGUCUAGAUCCGAACAAAUUGGUCUUCUACAACGGGAACUACUAUUUACCUGUGAGCAGCGGCUCUGAAGGUGACAGCUAACCAAAAUCUUAAGAACGUUGGACUGAUUUUUGCAACAGGAGACCAAGUGAGAAAACCAAAGGUCUGUGAUAACAAUCCCGAGCAGUCGAAGUAUCCCACAAUUCCACUCGCAGAAGCGGUACCACAAAGCGCUAGCCUCAAAUUUGCAGCAGAUCGGUCUUCUGGAGUGGGUGGUGUAAGUUCUGUGAUUGAAACCGUUCGGACGAACUUCUCUGACACUUUCAUGUGGAUCCUGGUUAAUGUGAAUAAAGAUGGUCACGCUUCAUUAUCAGAGGUUGUCCCAGACACCAUUACUAAGUGGCAAGGAUCUGCAUUCUGCCUGUCCAAUGAGGGAGGUUUUGGGAUGACCAAAUAUUCAGCCAACUAUACAACAUUUUUGCCGUUCUUCAUAGAGGUCUCCAAGCCCUACUCUAUCAUCAGAGGGGAGACUUUGGUCCUUACAGGAGUUGUACAUAACUAUAUGGAUCAUUGUGUCAAGGUGGAAGUGAAUUUGGAACCUUCUGAUUCUUUUGCUGCCGAACUGAAGGAAGGAACCCAGAAUGCCUGUGCGUGCUCCAAAGACAGAAUCCCCUUUACUUGGGAGGUUCAGUCAAAGGUUCUCGAGAGCUUAGCUUCACAGUGACAGCCCAAACCACUUUUAUUGGGCAGUCAUGUGACGGACCCAACGAUGAUUCCCAGACUCCUCGCAAAGAUACUGUUGUUGAAACCAUUUCAGUAGAGCCUGAAGGAAUCAGUCAAGAACGAACCUUGAGCGAUCUAGUCUAUGUGAAACCUGGCAUGAAGUCGGUGUUGCCAGUCAAAAUAACCCCUCCAAGCAAUGUGGUGCCUGAUUCCAUCUCGGCUUAUGUGACUACUGUUGGUGAUGUGUUCGGACUUCCACUGAAAAACCUUCAGGAUUUGGUCCAGAAGCCCUAUGGAUGUGCUGAACAAAGUCUGGCGAAAGUGGCUCCCACUAUAUAUGCACUUGACUAUCUGAACAGCACAGGCCAGCUAACAAAUGACAUCCUGGAGAAGGGAAAGCAGUACAUAGCGGAGGGAUAUUAUCGACAACUUGGAUAUGCCAGUGGACCAGGUUAUAAAAUAUUCCGCACCGCCGAUGACCUCAAUUCAUGGCUGAGUGUGUACACCUUUAAGGUCUUUGAGAAAGCCAAGAGAUACAUAAAGAUUGAUGAAACCAAACAGCAGCAGACCCUCAUCUGGUUGGAGAAUACUCAGAGGCUGGACAAUGGCUGCUUUAAACCCAAAGGAAGAAUGUUCACUGUCCAGGAUACAGAUUACGAUCUUUAUUUCACAUCUUACCUUGCCAUUGCACUUCUUGAAAGCGAUUACAGCUUGGGGAAAACUCUGUUGGCAGGGGCUAUGGAGUGUGUAAAGAAUGCAUCAACCACACCACAAAAAAUUAAUAAUGAAGUCCUCAUGCUGUACGCUUUGACAUUGGCCGGUCUUAAAGAAUAUAGUGAACCUCUGCUGGCCAGACUCAUGCAGAAAGCCAUAACUAAAGACGGCACAAUACACUGGGAAAGAGAAGACAUGCCUGUGUUACGACCAGUUCCAUUUUUUCUUGCCUAUAUACGCCCCAGCCGAGGUGGAACUCGCAUCUUAUAUGUUGCUAAGCAUGACCGAAGAGAUCAAGCAAUUAAAAAAUCCUGAAGCAGGGACCACAAAAUCAUCGUCCGCUCAAAGAGACCUGUCAGUAAUGGCUCAGAUAGCCCUAUGGCUCGUUCGCCGGCAGAACUCCAAUGGAGGGUUCUCAUCUACACAGAACACAGUUGUCGCCCUCCAGGCUCUCGGUGGCUUUGCAAGGAUGUUGUACACUCCAAAUUCACAGCAAACUGUUGUGGUCAAAGGCAACAACGGAGAUGUUGGUACCCUUAACAUGACCCCUGAAAACCGGCUGCUGGUACAGAGACAGAAUUUGCCAGAAGCUAGUGGUGACUACAGCUUAGACGUUGAAGGAAUUGGGUGGUUUCUGGCCCAGACCACCGUCAAAUACUUUGUCCCAAUACCAAAAGAAGAUUCUGCUUACUCCCUAAGCGUAUCCACCACCUCGGAUAAUUGCGUGAAUGGAGUGGUAAAGGUCUUCAACAUGACUGUCACUCUUGGAUAUCAAGGAUCCCACAACGCCUCUGGCAUGACACUUUUUAAAUCAAGAAUUCUGUCUGGAUACCAUGCAGAUUUGUGGUCUUUGAGAGAGUUGGAGAAGAAUAAAAUAAUUUCCAAAUCUGAGGAGAACGCAAAGGGAGAACUUGAAAUCUAUUUUCUAUCUGUCAAAAAAGACGAGCCUAUCACCUUCUCAUUUAGAGUUUUAAUGGGUGAGAGGGUGCUGAAUGUGAAGAGGAGUUCCGCCAUGGUGGUUUGGCUUCUAUGAACCAGACGAGAAUGGCUAUGCUGAAUAUGAGCACCCCUGUGUAAAACAUCCAUAA